CGCGCAGCAUCUGUACCACUGAGUAUUGAGCUUGACGCAGCUUCACUUGAACACAUUCGACGCUUGUUACGGCACAUGCUUAAUCGGGCUGAUCCAAAAGUGGUUAAAAACCGUACUCAAUGGGAAGAGGUCUUAAUCAAUUUACUGCUCAAGGUGUCGGACAAUGUGAAUCCCGACAUUCGGGGCGGUGAUGAGAUUGAUAUCCGCCACUAUGUUAAAGUAAAGAAGAUUGCCGGAGGACAGCCCAAAGACAGUCUUUAUGUCAAGGGUGUUGUGUGUACCAAGAAUGUAGCUCACAAACAUAUGGUCCGCACUGUAACUAACCCACAAAUCCUUAUUCUUCUUUUUCCGCUUGAAUGGUCUCGCGACACUUCGAAAGGAGAGCAACAGUUACAGCCGAUCGAUCCUGUAUUGGCCCAAGAAAAAGACUAUCUAGAAAAACUGGUCAACAGAAUCAUUGCUCUCAAGCCCUCUAUUGUACUCGUAAGCUCAAAUGUCUCCCGUCUCGCCCUUGACUUCUUGGUAAAGGCCAAUAUUGUGGUCGUUUACAAUGUAAAGCUAAGCGUUCUCGAUGCGGUGGCACGUUGUACAGGAGCCAGCAUUAUCCCAUCGUUUAUUCAACUCAAUACAGAGGAGCUCACCCUCGGGCAUUGUGGCACUUUUGAGACAAGAACACACGUUCACGAAUGGAUUCCUAAUCGACGUAAAACCUUUUUGAUGUUUCAUGAUUGUCCGCCUGAUCUUGGUGCAACUAUCAUCCUUCGAGGUGGCCGUGUAGAGACAUUGAGAGUAAUUAAGCGUAUUCUUGACUUUAUGGUGUUUGUUGUUCAUAACCUCAAGCUCGAAUCAUUUCUGAUGCGUGAUUUUGCCAAGAUGCGGAACGUCGUCCGAGCCUCGCUUCCAACUGAAGAUAAGGAAGCAACAGAAAGUGAAGAGAAGGAUGUCAAUGGUGUGACUAUACCCGACCCACGCAUUCAAGGUCAAUCAGCCUUACCCGUGCCCGCAAAUGUCGCUGCGGAAAUCGCGGCUUCAGCAGCAGCGGCAGCAGAAGCAGCCACAGCCAAAGCAAUUAUGAUCAAGAAAAUCAGAGAUAUGGAGAGUGAUGAAAGGAUAAAGCCAAUGAUGGAUAUAGUUACAAAAUAUAAGAAUGUUACGCUGUCUGCGUCUCCAAUGGCCAGAUUCCCUCCACCAUACUUGCUGUUGCGACUCAAGGAGACGCAGAUGAGAAUGAUUGCCCUCAUUGAAAAAGGAAUAGCCCACUAUAACCCAGAUCCAAAGCUAAACCAACCAUCAGUAGAGACAUUACUUGCUAUACCCUUACCAACAUCAUUAACAGACAUGCCAGCAUAUAUCCACGCGUUCGAGCCAGUUCUCAAUGGCGACCUCGACUACCAUCAAAUACUUGAAGAACAUCACCAUCGCUGGCGGGCACUUGAAGCAUGUAUAGAUACAACCACAGAUACCCUCUCGCCAUUUUUUUACCAGCAGCUUGUUGUUCUUUCGACAAGUAUUUGCACAGAGACUACUGUACCAUGCCAGGGCCCAGAGAUGCGUUUGUUUGAAUAUUAUCGUUCUGAGUCAGACAUGACCUUGGGCCAGUAUAUUGUAGACACGGCUUACGAUUCACCGGGUCUCUGUCCUUCAAGUAUGUGUGAUAGAACACUGCUCGAACAUUACCGAGCAUAUGCUCAUGGUAGUGACAGGGUUAUUGUCCAAAUUCAACGCUUUGAAUCACCUCAGCCUUUGGCUCCAAACACGAUCAUGACAUGGAGCUACUGCAAGCACUGUGCCCUAUACACAUCACUUACUCCGAUGUCAGAAAAUACCUGGAAAUAUUCAUUUGGAAAAUUCCUUGAGCUAAUCUUCUAUCAAUCUGAGCAGCCACUAUCAAAAAUUGAUCAAUGUCCUCAUACUAUGUAUCGCGAUCACGUUCAUUACUUUGGCUACAAUGGGCUUGCUGUACGUUUCAACCACGAAAGUAUUGAACCAUUUGAUGUAUUUGUGCCACCUACAUAUCUAUACCUCAAUCCCAAAUGCCUGAGCGCUGCAAAAGACGCCGCACUUGAGUCUGCACGUGGAAAGAUUGCACGAUUUUAUGAGUCCAUUGUUGAACGCAAUCGCAACUUUAUGUUUGAUAUUGUACAGCCAAACAUGGUCGAUUCAUGCAAAGAGUUUCUACAAGAUCUAUCACGCCGUGCCAAUGAAGAAAAGAAACAGAUGUUACAGUCUCUCCAAGCUGUCUAUGCCAAGACAGUUGCUACUGACAUACUAUGCUUCAACGAAGUUCGUUUCUACCUCCAGAUGUGUGUGUAUCAAUGGGAUCUCAAGUAUCUUGAAUUUGUUCGACAGUAUGUUCGACCUGAACGAGAAUUGCGUAGAUUGACCGCUAGCCAUUUCAGACGCAUGAUGCCUGCCGAAACUAUGAUAUCAAUGCCUGUCGCCAGCCUGGACUUACACAAGGAUUCCAUAAAUAUUGACAAAAGCAAGAACGACGACGACGACGUUUCUUCUCAGGUCCUUGAUCCUAGUGUUGCACGGCGUCUCUCUCUUGAACUGAUGAAAGACAACCCAAUCAGAUCCGCAUCAUGGCAAGAAAGCGUUUUAGACCAAGACGACGAGCCUAAAAUAAAGAAGGUCUUGCCUAAGCUUGAAGAGACUUCUAUCUUGGGCCGUCAUGCAGGAAUAUUGACUUUAAUUUCUGCGGAUGCAUGUAAAAGAGUCGCAGUUGAGUUGUUGCCUAAAAGUGCAAUUACCAAGUCCAAGAGUUCCCCACCUCCAGUCUCUAAUCAUAUUAGCACUUCUCAGUUUGUUCCAGAAGCAUCUCGUACUACCACAAGACGACAGAAACUGGAGAAUGAAAGACAAAAGAGAAUACAAAGUAAACAAAGUUCAGAGGAAAAUAGCUCAAAGGACAUUCGGUCACCUCGACAACAUCCUUGGGAUACUACUAUCUCUCCAUCUGAAUCAAGUUCGCGUACUUCGUUGAAUUCUGAAGUCCCAGUCAAGAAGGAGUUACCAUUGAGCGGAUACCGUUAUGGAUACAAGGGAUCUACUGAACGAGGUAGUACUUCCCACAACAGAACACGACCACGAGUAGUUGAGCCUUUUGAUAAAGGAAGGGAACUUGAUAAGCAUAAUACCUCUUUUAACUACGGAAGAGCCUCAAGUAGCACUGAAAAGCCUAGGUAUGGUAGUAACAGUGGCAUGGCUACUCUACAGGUACCACUUCAGGUAAAUCGGAGCAUUAGAUUCUCAAAGAACUUGGCAUCAACCUUGAGAGCGCGUAAUGCACGACAGAAUUUGCCAAGUAAAUCGUCAAUUGAAGUCUACAAAACAAUCAAGGAUAUUGUACGCGAAGAAUCGGAUGAUGAGUUCCAAGCAACGGAUAUCGAUGAUCAGACUGACGUUGAAGACGAUGAUGAGCGAUAUACAUCAAUGUCACACGGAUUCUCAUUAACCCGAACGGAUGAAUAUGACGAAUCUCUUGGGCGCGAGACUGAUCCUCCUCAUAUUCAACAACUUCGACGCUUCAAUCGCGAGCAAUUCCAAAUGUUCAGCUCAAGCUUACCACACCUUAGUCUAGAUUUAGAAGAUACCAAACCGACAAACAAAGCUUUGAAUGAUCCGCUUCAACAAACAAUUUCCGACUUUAGACUUGAUUCCACAAACACUGAAUUAUCGAGCAGUGGCCCUGAACGCAAUUCGUUUAUCAAGACUAUUACAAAUAUGCUGGCUGAAAAGGGUCUUGGAAACCUGGUUCCUCUAGAGUACCCUCUAUCGCCUAUUGAGCACAUUUUUCCAGGCUCAAACAUAAUUGUUGGGGAAGAUGAGCCAAGUACCAUUAUUGCGUUCUCGCUUGAUUGCUCUGACUACAGAGAGAAGCUUAAACAAAUCCGAGCUAGUCACGCUGAGAACUCUGCGGAUAAUAAUGGAGAAAGUCAUGGAGAAAGUCAUGGAGAAAGUCAUAUUUACGGCCAAGGUUAUAAUCAUUCUGAGAAAUACCCCGAAAACUUUGCGGAUGGCACAACAAAGUUUUUCUGUAAAAUUUUCUUUGUCGAGCAAUUUGACGCAUUACGCCACAAGUGUGGGUGUGAUGAAAGCUAUAUCGCUUCACUUGUGAAUUGCUGCAAAUGGGAUUCUUCUGGUGGUAAAUCUGGUUCUGUGUUUUUGAAAACUAAAGAUGAUCGUUUCAUAAUUAAGCAAAUUCCAAAGUACGAAAUGGAUACCUUCUCAAGAAUUGCUCCUGCUUAUUUCAAAUACAUGGCCGAAUCUUUUUUUCACGAGCUUCCUACUGUUCUUUGCAAAAUAUUUGGUCUCUAUCGCAUUGGUUUUAAAAAUACUGCAACUGGAAAAUCUACUAGGAUGUAUAUCUUGGUUAUGGAGAACCUGUUUUAUAAACGUGUAGUAAAAAAGAUAUUUGAUUUAAAGGGAUCUAUGCGGAAUAGGCAUGUCCAAGAGACUGGAAAGAAAAACGAAGUUCUUUUAGACGAAAACAUGGUCGAGCUUGUCUACCAAUCUCCUCUCUUUUUACGUGUACACGCAAAGGAAAUGCUCAAUGACUGUCUUCACAAUGAUACAUUAUUCCUUUCACGGUUAGAUGUCAUGGAUUAUUCGCUGCUUGUUGGUGUAGAUGAAGAAAAUCAAGAGCUUGUGGUUGGCAUCGUUGAUUUUAUUCGUACUUUUACUUGGGAUAAGAAGUUAGAGAACUGGGUAAAAGAGUCCGGUAUUCUGGGUGGUGGUGGCAAAGAACCAACAAUCAUAUCACCGCGUCAA